AUGUCGAUACAUCUGCUCGGGAGGAAUGUGAUGCAGAGUGAUGCGGCAAGACUAGCAGGGUGCAAUCAAUCCACUGUAUCUCGAGUGCUCAAAAAUUUCGUCAGAGCCAUAAAUCGAAGGGCGAGCGAAUACAUAUCCUGGCCUAGCGAAAGGGAGAGCAUAGGAAUCAACGCUAGCUUCUACAGCAGAUAUCAUCUACCUGGAAUUGUCGGAGUAAUCGACGGAACACACUGUCGAAUACAACGACCUACCCACAAUGAGGAAGAUUUUGUGUGCAGGAAAGGAUACCACAGCAUCAAUGUGGGAGUCGUGGUAGACUACAACAUGAAGGUGAGUGGGUAUGCGCCAACUGGCCCGGAUCUGCACACGAUUCCCACGUAUUCAAGACAUCGGACACUGUACCAGCAGCUGAGGGCUGGAGAAGUUCAAGAGGAACGCUACAAUAGAGCUGUCUGCUCUGCGCGCGUUCGUGUCGAGCAGGCUUUUGGUGUGAUAAAGCGGCAGUUUCACAUCCUUCACGGAGAGUGCAGGUAUUCCCCAGAAAGAGCGGCUGAGAUAGUCGUAGCAUGCUGUGUGCUACGAAACAUAGCGAUACAGCACAACGAACCUGUCGCUUACGAUGAGUACACUGGGGAGGACCGCCAAGAUGAGGAGGUUCCGUCGAGACCCUCAGAUGAGAUCCCGAGCGAAAGUGCUCUCACUUUUGUAGAGAAGAAUUGA